AGUCUCUCGGCGCGGGCCGUGGCCUGCAGCCUGCGCACCGCCUUGGCCUCUUGCCCACCACGGCCCUGGGUGCCGAGUGCCGUCGCCGUCCGCGCGCUGAGCACUGGAUCCGCUGUGCUGUCGGUGCGUAAAUUCACAGAGAAACAUGAAUGGAUAACCACAGAAAAUGGUAUUGGAACAGUGGGAAUCAGCAAUUUUGCACAGGAAGCUUUGGGAGAUGUUGUUUACUGUAGUCUGCCUGAAGUUGGGACAAAAUUGAAAAAACAAGAUGAGUUUGGUGCUCUGGAGAGUGUGAAGGCUGCCAGUGAACUCUACUCUCCUCUGUCAGGAGAGGUAACAGAAGUCAAUGAAGCGCUUACAGAAAACCCAGGGCUCGUCAACAAAUCCUGUUAUGAAGACGGUUGGCUGAUCAAGAUGGCCCUGAGUGACCCUUCAGAGCUGGAUGAAUUAAUGAGUGAAGAAGCAUAUGAGAAAUAUGUGAAGUCCAUUGAGGAGUGAACACUGCACCCCACUCCCAAAUAAAACUGGGAAGCAACCUGCUCCAGCAUGCUUGUCUUAAA